AUGCUUGCCAAAACUCAAACUGGUGAGGAACUUGUUGACGACCUAAAACUCAUACUAGGUACACUAAGGAAGCACCGAAUGCGCCUCAAUCUGACAAAGUGUGCCUUCAGGAUGGAGACUGGGAAAUUCCUGGGUUUUAUGAUCACACAACGAGGAGUAGAGGCAAACUUGGAAAAAUGUAAGGCUAUCCUUGAGAUGAAUAGUCCUGCAAACCUUAAGGAUGUUCAACGACUAAUGGUAUACGCUUCAAAUGGGAACCCAAAAGGCCAUCCCCUUCUUCAAACUCAUGAAAAAUGGUAUAGGCUUCAAAUGGAAACCCGAAUGCGAAGACGCCUUCCUACACUUCAAAAGAGUACUAGUGGAGCUUCCCAUACUCUCAAAACCCAGAACAAGAGAGACAUUAUACCUAUACUGUAA